GCCGCCGUCAGUUGUCGCGAGCGAGCCUCGGUGUGUGGUUACGCUUUAUACGCCGCUCCUUAUUUUUUACUUAAAUUUUUUACAAUUGGUGACACCAUAAAAUAAUGACCGUUAUUAUUAUUAAUAACUAAAAAAUAAAUAUUCGUGCCAGUGAAACAUAAUUAUUAUAUCCGUCUGCGACAAUCCGUCCAAGCGAGUCGUGACACCAAUUAAAUAUAAAUAAAUAAUUAAUAAUAAUAAGUGUGUAGUGCCAGUGUAACCGUUUGUUCUUUUUAUACCUGUGAACAAUAAUUAUUUAAAAGUUAUUUAAUUACAGUGUUUUUACUCCAAUCAUCUAGCUCUUAAAUUAUUAAACAGUAAAUAACUAAAACGAAAAAUCAAUACGAUGCACAUUACACAUUAACUUGCUGAAUCAACUAAACAAAAAGUUUUUCAGUGUCAUAAAUGCCAAUUAUGAAUUAAAAAUAACCAGUGACUUAUAAUUGAAAUAAAACCGACGAAUGAAAUAAAAUAUAAAUAAAAAAUAAUGUUUAGUGUAAUUAAACGCUCUAUGAAUAACGAAAUAAUAAUAUAAAAUAUAACGUAGCAGCUAUCACCGUUGAUAAAUCGAGAAUGUAGAAUCAGAAUUAAGGAGGAAAAAAUAACAAAAACAAAAGUGUUGAUACAAAUACAUAAACAAAGUAUCUUUAAUUCCUGGAAAUACAAUACAAUUAUUAAAAAACAAUAACUUGAACUUUUAUUCUGCUACCUCAAUAACAAACUAAGGAAUAUCAAGACAAUGACUAAAAGCUCGACAAUUAAUACUCAGUCAAUAGAGUAACAGCAAAAAGUGAAAAUACCAAAUAAAAAAAAGGGACCAUAACUAUAAUUAACGACAAUGGUGAGCCGUAAACAAGAACGGUAACCGGUUCGCUUGUCUCAUAAGCGCCGGUGUUGAUAAAAUCAAUUGUCCUAAUCUCUAUCCAAGAAAUGUCGAUUCGUUUGAGUGGUAGCUUGUUCCUAAUGCCAUCUUCUGGAUUGCAAGAUAGCAACGAGAAAUCAAGUGCCAAUAACUCGCCCAAUUCAAACUCAAUCUCAAACUCUAACUCUGGCAACAAUGAACCGAACAACCAGCAUUAUCAGCAUCAACACCAUCAACAGCAGCAACACCACCAGCAGCAGCACAAUCAGUAUCACCAUCAUCAAAUGAUGACCAAAACGGUGACCAUUGUGUCCGCUGGACCCCAACGUAGCAAUAGUUUGGAUUACCUAAAUUUUGAGGAAAAAAGACAAAUUCUUGCGUCCUCACUCUCGCUCAGUGGAUAUAUCACUGGUCCCGCGGCUGUUACUGCCGCGGCUAAAGAAGUCGUCGCUAAUACGGUUGUUAUUGCGAAAAAACAAAAUGGAGCAGCGUUACGAGCGAAUAGUUUGGGGUCAGGAGCACGAACACCUCCUUUGGAAAGAAAAAGUAAAUUUUCUGCACUCGGUAGAUUAUUCAAACCUUGGAAAUGGAAACGGAAAAAGAAAUCCGAUAAAUUUGAAGCUGCCUCACGAUCUCUCGAAAGAAAAAUUUCCGUUCGAGCGAAUCGAGAAGAACUGGUACAAAAAGGAAUUCUACUUCCUGAAAGUCCGAUCGCGACGAUACCAGAAAACGAUUCUCCGAACGACUCAGGAUUUAUUCAAAAGCCUCCUACACCCCAGCAGCAACAUAACCAACAACAGCAACAGCAGCAGCAGCAACACCAGCAAUCACAGGGUGGAACGCCCGCGGCAACGCCGACUGCUCAACAAACGUCAUCUCAGCCUCCAGUUUCAGGUACAAAUUCAAGUACUACCAACAGUAGUAACAGUAGCAGUAACCAGAAUCCUCAUUCGAUGGGCUCUGGGUCCAAUCCUGAUCAAUCUUCACCUCAUCUUCCUCAAUAUACGGGAGGAAUGCUAUCAGCUAAUCAAUUGAACGGCAACACACAAGAGCCGAAAAAGGAAAAGACUGAACAGAAUGCAAAUGGCGCGAUAUCACCCAGCGGUGAGUCGGCGAACCAAGGCGCGAACCAAGGAAACCAAGGUUUGGGAUCUGGACAAUCGGGGGAUCAGAAGCCAAAUAGGCCAAGUACCCUCGAGGCCUCCCGAAUGCUCACAAGGAGGUUAAUUAUGUUUGGCAUGGAAAAGGGUGUACUCCAGCCAACAGCAGAAGAACAACAAGCAAUCGAUAGGUACAUGUCACCCCUGCCACCUCAAAAUACCCUGAUGUUAUCGGAAUUGCCGGAACCUCCGAUUCCGUUGAGCGAAAUCGGACCAAUUCCACCACCCCCAAUGUUCAGUUCUCCGAGUCCUACUCCUCUAGCUCGUCAGCGUCAGCAGAAUCUUCCUCUUUCUGACUGUGAGGACGAUGAUGAUGAAGACAUAGACGUGGAAGAUGAUGAUGACAGCCUGCGAGUCUUUCGUUACGCGCAACCAGAUCCUGCAAUAGACACCUCAAGGGUGGAGGAGAUUCCUGCAAAGGAGCCCAAAUUUCAUGCAAUGCCUCUGAAGAGCGCGUUGAAGAAGAAAGGCCCGAACAGCGGUCCUGGGACACCUCAGAGUACUCCAACCCAAGAGAACAGACCAUUAACCCUUCGCCAGGAGCUCCAUGCAUCCUUCAACAGAAGGCCGCCGUUGAGGCCUAGGAUAAGAAUAUGCAGUCGACCAGUCAGGUUUGGCCUCGCUUUGCCCUGCACUCUGGAGAACAAAGAAAAUGCGCGUCCGUAUGUCAUCAGAGAGGAUUCUGAUGGGUCUGAUGAUGGACAGGUUCUUUAUCGGGAUGACUAUGAUGACGAUGAUGAAAAUCGGCUGGCGGCUAAAAUAGCGAGGAAAGAAUCGCUUUCAUUGAAGCUUGCGUUAAGACCGGACCGACAAGAGCUUAUUAAUCGUAAUAUUCUUCAAAUACAGUCUGAUAAUGAGAGACAAGAGUCUAAAGAAGCGAUUGGAGCACGACUUAUCAGGCGGCUUAGUAUGCGGCCGACCCAAGAAGAACUCGAGGAACGGAAUAUUUUAAAAAAACAAAGCCCUGCGGAGGAGAAAAAACAAAAGGAAGAGAAGAAGAGAUAUUUAUUAAGAAAAUUAAGUUUUCGACCCACUGUUGAAGAACUCAAAGAAAAGAAGAUUAUUAGGUUCAAUGAUUACAUUGAGGUGACCCAAGCUCACGACUACGACAGGCGGGCCGACAAACCGUGGACACGGUUGACACCAAAAGACAAAGCAGCCAUUAGGAAAGAGCUUAACGAAUUUAAAACUUCUGAGAUGGCUGUUCAUGAAGAUAGUCGACAUCUCACACGAUUCCACAGACCAUGACAAUCGCAAUGUGUAGAGGUGCUAGAGUGUAGUGCGGUAAACCUUAACGCGUUGUGGUAUCGUGAUUGUGCGAAAAAACUUCGCGGCUAAUCUAGACGAUAAUUAUAAAGAAGAAAAAAAAAUGAAAACAAAUAAAAUUCUAUUUAAUCAGGAUUUUCGACAUUGUUACCGAAGAGAUGUUGAAUGUUACUCACAUAAUAUAAAACGUCUCUUGCUUACUGUGUCUAAAGAAGAAGAUUGUGAUAGGAUGAUCGGCAACCUUGCUGUGUCUGAAGCUGCUAAUCAUCCGACAAUUAUUUUCAAGGCUCGUUUACACACGUCCUCUCGACUAGUCGUCAAUGAAGCAUCCAUCUUAAUAUUUACUUCGCUUAAAAAAUAAUAUUAAAUAAUAUGCAAUUUAAUUAUCCUAGCCAUCUUUUCUUCAUUCCAAUGUCGUCGCGACACCAUUAAUUAUUUAUCUUAAACUUUGAUAAUUAGUUCAAUUUUAUUAACUACAAGCUCAGAUCAUUUUGAAACCUAAAUUUAAUCAGGUUUAUUUAUUUUUAUUAAUAUUUAAAUAAAAUAAUAGUCGAGUCCGCGUGUAAGUGAAAUAAAUUUUUUAAUAAUCAAGUUAGCUUAAUUGUGUUACCCGAUUUUUUUAUUAUUAUAUUUUUAAUUAAUGUCAUUUUCAUUUUAUAUUAACAUUAAUAAUUAAUAAUUAAUGAAAUUAUAAAAGUAUUUAAAUUGAAACAAUCAAAAUGUAUUAAAUUUUAUUAAUUUUAUUUUAAUACAUCUUUUUUAAUAUUUUAUUAGAUGAAAAAAUUUUACAAUAAUUAUGUUUAAUUAAUUCAUUUUUAAACUCGAUACUCGACAAUAUACUCAGGCAUCGAUAAAUUUAUUAAUCAAUCAAUUACUACUAUUAUUAUUAUUAUUAUUAUUAUUACUAUUAUUUAUUAAUAACAAUUUGUAUUAUUAUUUAUGUAAGAUUAUGUAAUAAUUGUAAUUAUUAUUUUUUAUCUCAUCGGGUAACACUGUAACCUGCAGCUAUCUUGAAAAAUGAAAACGUAAGAUAAUUAUUAAGUAAUUAUUACGAAAUAAUAAAAUGAACAAAAUAAAUCGAUGCAUUGUGCAAUGAAAAAUUUGUACAGUAUCAGUUAUUAA